ACCAUAUGGACGACGUUUCCGAAUCUUGUCUCUUUCUAGACGAAGUUGCUUCAACUCUGUCCCUUUUCUUUGGCCCAACUUCCUUUUCACCAACUUCGUCAUCAUUAUCGUUCUUUUUAACAACACUAGAAUUCCUCUUGAUGUCUAACAUUCUUUGUGUUAGAGCUUGGAAAUCUGAACUGCUGGAGUUGGACUGCUUUAGGGCCUUAUGGGGUUUGGUUCCAGAGUCGUAUGGUAAGGAAUCGUGUUGUUCUGUGUCAGUUUCGUCUUCAACGUUUUGGUCUUCGUCAGAUGUUGAAGAUUUUCCUAGAGCUCUCUUGAUGAGCUUUGAGAAGAAAUCUGCAAUAGAAAACGCUCUUAUUAGUCUCAGCAUAGGUACUUUGAAGUAUUCCACCAGAAGAGAAGAAGAUCAUCAGGAUCAAGAGGAAGUCCCAGCACCAACACCUGCGGAGCAGUUGAGUCUUUUUAUCAACAGAUUCGAUGCCAACAUUUCCGUAUUUUUUAGCUACCUGGUUUUUGGCCAAGUCAGCAUAGGAAGUUGCAAAAGUAAAAAAUACCCAGUCAUGGACAAACUGGCAAACAGGAUUCAUAAAGGCUUCGUAUGCACUUGCAUUGCUGUAACACUGUACGGUAUGUCAGCCAUAGGGCUGACGGUUUUUACCAAGCCUCGAAUCAGGCUGCCGGAAAUUCAAGCUGGCUUCCAACCGGAGGAAAAAGAAUUGAUGGAUUCUGCUCCCAUCCUCACCACAUGA